UGUGGUGUGGAUUUCCCUAUUUUCAUAGACUUGGAACAAUUAUUAAAACUUUAUAGUUAUCGUUACAGGUCUUUGGUGUGAACAGGCUUUUAAACCCUAAAAAUCACAUAAAGCAGAACACUAAUGCUAUCUGCUAUAUGUUCUGCAGGCGAGUGAGGACCGCGUCCACUUCAUUGUGUCCCGCCAGACUCACAUCCCUACUCCGGACAUACUACAGGAGGCGCCGUGGAACAUGGAGGGACCACCGCCCUACUCGCCUGUGGAUAUUGAGCACUCUUUACUGGAUUCAUGCCAAAAGCCUGCAUGUUACGAGAAGACGGUGACUCUGUUGAAAGAGCCGCAUGAUUCUCUCGGCAUGACGGUUGCGGGUGGGAUGAGCAGCAGGGGGUGGGAUCUGCCCGUCUACGUCACCAACGUCGACCCCAAUGGAGUGGUUGGACAAGAGGGCUCGAUCCGCAAAGGUGACAUCCUUCUAAAUGUAAAUGGGCUUGACCUGACGGGUGUGACUCGGAGCGAGGCCGUGGCUAACCUGAAGAACACCUCGUCCCCGGUGGUCCUGCGGGUACUAGAAAUGAGACCCCCAAAUGAGAGCUCCCUGGACUGCAUGCCACCCCUGCAUUCCCCCUGCACUCUCUCGCCCUCUUCACCCGGAGAUAUCAAACUACCCCCGCCUAAUGAUGAUUACUCCCCCCUCUGGGUGUCCUGGCUCCAGCUGCCCAGGUACAUUGAGCAGAACACACACAAAAAAUAG